CUGGAAAAGCAAAAAUGCGAGGACUUGCUGACCAACAUGCUGCCAUCGAAGCAAUAUGCCGAGGCACUCAUGCAGCAAUCGACCAUUGUGGAUGAGCUGGCAGAAGUAACUCUACUGUACUCUGACAUGGUAGGUUUUACGCCGCUGGGGUCGAAGCUCGACCCACAAGCAAUCUGUGUGAUGCUGAACAAGAUCUACUCUGCCUUCGAUCGCCAUCUCGAUGACUUGGGUGUGUACAAAAUGGACACCGUUGGAGAUGCCUUCAUCGUUGUGGGCGGGCUACCUAGUCAUAAGAGCAGCAAGCACCACGCCGCAGCGAUUGCUGCCUUCGCUGUGGAGAUGCAGCGUGAAAUCCAACGAUUCUGUAAAGAGGAAAACGUGGCGCUGCAGAUGCGCAUUGGUAUUCACACAGGCAAUGUCGUGGGUGGCGUGGUUGGUAUCAAGAAGCCUCGCUAUCUCAUUUGGGGCAGGCACACUGUUAUCGCAAAUCUCAUGGAGUCUCGAGGGGUGCCUGACCGCAUUCAGGUGUCCGAAGCUACGUACGCCCUACUUCGUGAUUACCCAGAAUUUCGCGUCGAU